GAAGAAAAUUCUUCCAUAAACACACUCACUUCCUAUGCCCAGUUACUUACUCUGAAGGCUGACUUGAGGGAUGCUUAGGAUAAGAUAACUAGCAAGAUACUAGAGAAAGAACAUUGUUAGCCACUUGACCUCUGGAUUCUGUAACUGUGGUAGUAGACAAUCAGCAGUCAACUCAGUCACUAUUCUAAGCUUCACUUUGGAUGAUAUGAAUUCUGGGAGGUGAUGAAACUGGGGAAAUGAGUGAUGGUGAUGGUAAGACUAUAGAUGGAAACUAUAUUAAACCAGGAAGAUGCUGGAACUAUGAAGCUCUCUUACAGAGUAAAGAUGCAUAUAAAGAACUAAAAUCAUCACCAAUGACAGGAGAGGCAUCCCAGACAGUCCCUGAGAAGAAAAAUGAUAAAUUAUCCACCAAAGGAAAAAAAGAACAUUCUAGUAAAAGGAAAAAAAGGGGGAAAAGAUCCCUGAACAAAAGUGAUAAAAUGCAGAGGCUAUCUGCAUUUGAAAUUCCAGUCGUUGUACGUCUUCCUGGACUAAAAGUGGCUAAGAGCAAGUCAUCUAAGCCUCGUAUUCCAGCAUGGCCUUGCCCCAAAGAAAAUGAACUUCAAGUAGCAACUUAUUUGGCUGCUCUGCAAAACAAGAUUGAGCAGACUUAUACAGAACCCAGAUUGGUGCCAAACAGACCAAAGGAAGCUCAAGCAAACGAAGAUGAACAAAUAGAAAUUAUCAGUUUGUAUGAAGAAGAUGAGAUUGAAAAGAAAAUUGUUCUACCUGGUCCAUGUCGAAGCUGGGAUGAUCUAUUCACCAAUAAAGGAAAACCCUCAAGACUUUCUGAUGUGUCUCUGUCAAUUACAAGUCUAAUACAACAAUUAGCCUUAGACAAAGUAGUUGAGAUAAAUAUAGAUGAUUUAUUAGACGACACAAAAGAAGUCAGUCCAACUCCAGCAUGGAUGGAUGUUUCACCAACACCUUCCCAAGCAUCUCUUCAACAAAAUAAAGUAUCUGCUGUCACUAAGGAUUUGUUUAGAAAUGGAAGGGAAGGUCAGAACAAGCACACCUCUGCUCCACCUAUGUAUCCAGCACAAAAGACCACUUUCUCUUCAUUUCAUAAGAAAGAGCCAGUUUUCCAAAUGGGAAAAAAGCAGCCUUCCUCCUUGACAAGUUUUGGGUUAGAGCUACAGGCCAAAAUGCCUCCUCCAGACAGAAACUGCCGCAGGACCAGGAAUUUUCUUUCAGUAACUAAACAAUUUGCAGCAGAAAAGGAAAGUGAAUUAUACAAGUUUCAGAGUCAGCAAGAGAGUGAUUUUUCUCCCACAACCAGUCCCUUCAUUAGAAAAAAGGAACUAUGCUCAGGGUUUAUGUGUGUGGUCAAUGCUUGGACUGUUUCACAACCAGUGCCUACAAUGCAGGAUGGCAAUUUACUUCCAGAAAAAAUUUUCAUGCCACAAAAGCCAAGACGUACUACAUUUAAUAAAACAUUCAAAUGAUGUUACUUUAUUGAUAUUAACUUAUGUAAUUAUAUUACCAAGAUUGUUAUUUUUCUCUUGCAGUAUAAAUUACUAAAUAAAAUCUGUUAAAUGUGA